AUGGCGACUACGGUAGAUAAGAUCAAGGAGAUCGAGUCCGAAAUGGCUCGGACCCAGAAGAACAAGGCCACUUCCUUCCAUUUGGGUCAGCUCAAGGCAAAGCUAGCGAAGCUCAAGCGUGAGCUCCUGACGCCGUCAUCGGGCGGUGGCGGCGGCGGAGGAGCAGGCUUCGAUGUCGCACGAACGGGUGUCGCCAGUAUUGGGUUUAUCGGCUUCCCGUCGGUGGGAAAGAGUACGCUCAUGAGUAGGCUUACGGGCCAGCACUCUGAGGCGGCGGCAUAUGAGUUCACGACGUUGACGUCAGUGCCUGGACAAGUGAUGUAUAACGGUGCUCCUCUUCAGAUGAUCGACUUGCCUGGUAUCAUCGAAGGUGCAAAGGAUGGACGAGGACGAGGUCGUCAAGUGAUUGCUGUUGCGAAAACUUGCCAUCUGAUUUUCAUUGUGCUCGAUGUUAACAAGCCUUUGACCGACAAGAAGGUCAUCGAGACGGAACUGGAAGGAUUCGGCAUUCGUAUCAACAAGGAGCCUCCGAACAUCACCUUCAAAAAGAAGGACAAAGGCGGUCUUAACAUUUCAAGCACAGUUCCCCUUACGCACAUUGACAACGAUGAAAUCAGGGCUGUGAUGAGCGAGUACAAGAUUGCCUCGGCUGAUAUUGCUAUUCGGUGCGAUGCCACGAUUGACGAUCUCAUCGACAUCCUGGAGGCGAAGAGUCGGAGCUAUAUUCCCGUCAUUUACGUGCUGAACAAGAUUGACGCCAUAAGCAUUGAGGAGCUGGACCUUCUCUACCGAAUCCCUAAUUCCGUACCUAUCAGCUCUGAGCAUGGAUGGAACGUCGACGAGCUGAUGGAGGCAAUGUGGGACAAGUUAAAGCUUGUAAGAGUGUAUACGAAGCCAAAGGGCAAGUUGCCUGACUAUUCCUCGCCUGUCGUGCUUCGUUCCACGAAAUGCACGGUUGAAGAUUUCUGUAACGCUAUUCACCGGAGCAUUCUUGAGCAGUUCAAGACUGCCAUUGUGUAUGGAAAGUCUGUCAAGCACCAACCACAACGAGUGGGACUUGCCCAUGAGCUUGCAGAUGAAGACAUUGGUGAGUAA